ACCCUCGCCGUUUCUUCUCCAGUUCUCUCCGGUUCUCCACCAUCGGCCGUCAGACCGCCACCGCCGCCACCACCGCCUCAGAUGGCCGAGCCACCGCAGCAGCCAUCAUCGGGCCCCACCACUCCGCCGCAGGAAGACAACCAAAGCGCUAAGACAAAUAGCAAGAAGAACCGCGGCACGAAGAAAUCGAAGCGAGCCAGCGCCUCCUCGUUGGGCUCCAGCACCAUGGCUGAGGACCCGUUCUUCGUCCUCGCCGGCGGCAAGGAAGGAGGGUUCCUGGAGUUGGAAGAGAUUGACGAGGCGGACUUCAGGAUUGUAGGGGGAGACGUGAAGGACGUGGGAGCAGAUGAGGGGAAGGCGGGCAAGAACGAUGGGAAGAAGAAGAAGAAGAAGAAGAAGAAGCGGAAGCGUGGGGAUGAUGACCAGAAGAAGAGGAAUGCGGAUGAUGACGAGGGCUUGAGUGGCGAUGACGAUUCGGUAGUUGAGAAUGAGCAGGAGGGGGAGAAGGAGAAGAAGACGACGAAGAGAAAGAGGAACAUGAAGAAGAGGAAGGUGAAGGAUAGUGAGAAGAGUGGGGAGGGCAAUGAGGAAGUCGCCGACGACAAUGCAGAAGACAUGCAAGAUGAAAAUGAGAAUAUGGAACAAGAUAAGGAUGAUGAGCUUAUUUUGGGCGAGGAUGAUGUUUUUGCAUGGCACGAACUUAGGCUUCACCCUCUGCUAGUCAAGGCAAUGCGCAGGCUUGGAUUCAAAGAGCCAACUCCUAUACAAAAGUCUUGCUUUCCUGCAGCAGCUCAUCAAGGCAAGGAUGUUAUUGGUGCAGCAGAGACAGGUUCUGGGAAGACACUUGCUUUUGGCCUCCCCAUUUUGCAACGUCUCCUUGAGGAGCGAGAAAAGGCUGCAAGAUUACACCAGGAUGAUGAAAAAAUGGAGGAAAGUUCUCGAGGAAGCCCUCUUCGUGCUCUUAUUUUGACACCCACCAGGGAGCUUGCAAAACAGGUAUGCGAUCAUCUAAAAGAUGCAGCCAAGUUCUUAGGAAUCCAUGUUGUUCCUAUUGUUGGUGGUCUAUCAAUGGAAAAGCAAGAACGGCUUUUGAAAAAGAAGCCUGAAAUUGUUGUUGGAACUCCCGGAAGAUUGUGGGAGCUCAUGUCGAUGAACAAUCAACACCUAGUUGAGCUGCAUUCGUUGUCAUUCUUUGUGUUGGAUGAGGCUGAUAGAAUGAUCGAACGAGGCCAUUUUCAUGAAUUACAAUCUAUCAUUGAGAUGCUCCCGCUGACUAAUGGUUCUGAUGAACAAGCUGCAAGAACAAUGCCAAACUGUGAGACUGUGCCAAUCUUGCAAAUAAAGAAGAGGCAAACCUUUGUGUUCUCAGCCACACUUGCACUUUCAUCUAAUUUCCGAAAGAAGCUGAAGCGUGGCCUAUCUACUUCAAAGGCAUCAACCGAUGAUGUGAGCUCUAUUGAAGCACUGUCAAAGCAGGCUGGAAUGAAACCAAAUGCAGAAAUAGUUGAUCUGACAAAGGCUUCAAUCUUGCCUGAGAAGCUUGAAGAAUCUUUUAUCGAGUGCAGUGAAGAGGAUAAGGAUGCCUAUCUGUAUUAUAUACUGAGUGUUCAUGGGCAAGGUCGCACAAUAAUAUUUUGUACAUCGAUUGCUGCAUUACGCCACAUUUCCUCCAUAUUGCGCAUUCUUGGAAUUAAUGUCUUGACAAACCAUGCUCAAAUGCAACAAAGGGCUCGCAUGAAGGCUGUGGAUCGUUUCCGUGGAAGUGGGAAUUCCAUUUUGGUCGCAACUGAUGGUUUUGCAAGGGGUAUGGAUUUUGAUGAUGUGCGAACAGUUAUCCACUAUCAGUUGCCACAUUCAACUGAUGUUUAUAUCCAUAGAAGUGGAAGGACAGCACGCAAAUCGUUGGCUGGCUGCAGCAUUGCAAUAAUUUGUCCUGCUGACAAGUCGAAGUUUUACUCUCUUUGCAAGUCAUUGUCAAAGGAGAACCUCCAGCAAUUUCCUGUAGAUCAUGCUUACAUGCCUGAGGUAAUGGAUAGGCUCUCACUUGCUCGGCAGAUUGACAAGAUUGCGCGUAAAAGUUCACAGGAAAAUGCUAACAAAUCCUGGCUUCAGAGGAAUGCUGAAUCCAUGGGAUUGCUAUUGGAGACCAGUGACAGUGAAGAAGAACGUGUAAAAGGCCACAAGCAACGGAAGGCAACUUCUGCACAUCUCCAAAAGCUUCAACAGGAAUUGAGUGAUCUUUUGAAACGCCCCUUGCAGCCAAAGACUUUCUCACGACGCUAUUUGGCUGGGGCUGGUAUUUCACCAUUACUUCAGAAGCAACUAGAAGAGUUGGCCAAGAGAAAUGUAAGCAACAAAAGCAGCAAGACUGAGAAUAAAGGGUCUUGCCUUGUUGUUAUUGGUCAGGAUCGUGUCGAACCCUUACAAGCACUUCAGAAUUCUGGGCAAGAGGUCUGUGUGAACUUAGACAAAGAAAAAGAAAAGCGAAGACUUGCUCAGAACUGGAAGCGGAAGAAGCAUGAAGAAAAGAAACGCACACGAGAGCAGAAGAGAAAGCAGAGGAGAAAAGCUAAGGGGACGGAGUAAGCAACAGGUGAGAGAUGGGUCUGUUUGCGGAAAAGGACCUAUUGUGGAAUUCCCUUCGACGCCUGCGUUGAUUUAUUUGAGGAAUGCACUCGUCAAUGUCUUCACCAUGGUACGUUGGGCGUGCCAAGUUAUCACCAAGCCUUGAACAAGAUCGCGAGGUGGAUGAUUGAUGUUUUGCGGCUCAAGAUAAUUAGGUUACUAGUUUUCAAAAAGAUAAUUAGGUUACCCGCGACAUGAUUUGUGUAACAUGUGCACGUUUUGUCAUACUCCAUGUUCAAAUCUGCUACAAGUUUAUACAUCUUUUCAUCAUUUGUCA